UUCUCUCUGUUUUUCUUGUUUGGGAUGAUUUUCCCCUUCUCCUUCAUGCAUGUAUUUAUAGGAGGGGAUUUGUGAGUUGGUGGUGAGUUGGUGUAACAACCAAACUUACCAACCAAAAAACCAAAGAGAAAAAACGUGUUCUUCACCAUCACCAACUUGCAUGCGUUGAUUUUUGACCAACAUGAAGUUGGAAACAUGAUUGCCGAAGCAAUGAGCAAAGUGGGCAGGAAAUGUGUGGUGACACUUGAGGAGGGUAAAAGCGCUGAGAAUUACCUUUACGUGGUGGAAGGAAUGCAGUUUGACCGUGGCUAUAUCUCCCCAUACUUCGUUACAGACAGUGAGAAAAUGUCUGUGGAGUAUGAAAAUUGCAAGCUGCUUCUUGUUGACAAGAAGGUUACCAAUGCAAGGGACCUUGUUGGUGUUCUAGAGUAUGCUAUUAGAGGCGGUUACCCAAUUCUGAUAAUUGCAGAAGAUAUUGAACAAGAAGCUUUGGCUACUCUUGUUGUUAACAAGCUUAGAGGCACUUUGAAGAUCGCAGCUCUUAAAGAACCUGGAUUUGGAGAGCGGAAGAGCCAGUACCUUGAUGAUAUUGCCAUUCUAACUGGAGCGACUGUGAUAAGAGAGGAAGUUGGUCUCUCUCUUGACAAAGCUGGGAAAGAGGUUUUAGGUACCGCCUCUAAGGUUGUUCUCACCAAGGAGAUGACGACCAUUGUUGGUGAUGGUAGCACACAGGAAGCAGUGAACAAGCGUGUUGUACAGAUUAAGAAUCUUAUUGAGCAAGCAGAGCAAGAGUAUGAGAAGGAAAAAUUGAAUGAGAGAAUUGCAAAGCUUUCUGGUGGAGUUGCUGUUAUUCAGGUUGGAGCACAAACUGAGACAGAGCUGAAAGAAAAGAAGCUGAGAGUUGAAGAUGCUCUUAACGCCACAAAGGCUGCGGUUGCGGAAGGUAUUGUUGUUGGUGUUGGUUGCACUCUGCUUCGUCUUGCAGCCAAGGUUGACGCCAUCAAGGAUACCCUUGAAAACGAUGAAGAAAAAGUUGGAGCAGAGAUCGUUAAAAUAGCCCUGAGUUACCCUCUGAAGUUGAUAGCAAAGAAUGCUGGUGUCAACGGAAGCGUUGUUAGCGAGAAGGUAACUGACUUAACGUUAAACCUCCACUCAUGUACAGCUCUUGAAUCCUUGAUCUAA